CUUCAGUUUUGCACAGGUGUACCGGCUCCUCCCCUUAAGUCUUGCACAGGGGUACCGGCUCCUCCCCUUCAGUCUUGCACAGGCGUACUGGUUCCUCCUCUUCAGUCUUGUACAGGUGUACCAGCUCCUUCCCUUCAGUCUUGCACAGGUGUACCAGCUCCUCCCCUUCAGUCUUGCACAGGUGUACAGGUUCUUCCCCUUCAGUCUUGUACAGGUGUACUGGCUCCUCCCUUUCAGUCAUGCACAGGUGUACUGGCUCCUCCCUUUCCAUCUUGCACAGGUGUAUUUGUCUUGCACACAGAACCCAACGCGCGGGCUUUUAUUAGGGAGGUUUUUGGGGCACAGACAACAGUUCCUUUAGUCCACAGAUCCACACCAGACACAGUAACA